AUGGGCCAGUGUGUCACCAAGUGCAAGAAUCCCUCAUCAACCUUGGGCAGCAAGAAUGGAGACCGUGACCCCAGUGGCAAGUCACACAGUAGGCGGGGCACAUGCCACCGUGAGGAACAGGUGCCAGCCUGUGGCAAGCCAGGUGGCGAUAUCCUCGUCAAUGGGACCAAAAAGGCAGAGGCUGCGACUGAAGCCUUCCAGCUGCCAACAUCCUCGGGAGAUGCAGGGAGGGAGUCCAAGUCCAAUGCUGAGGAGUCUUCCUUGCAGAGGUUGGAAGAACUCUUUAGGUGCUACAAGGACGAGUGGGAGGAUGCAAUUUUGGAGGAAGGCAUGGAGCGCUUUUGCAAUGAACUGUGUGUCGACCCCACGGAAUUUUGAGUGCUGCUCUUGGCUUGGAAGUUCCAGGCUGCUACCAUGUGCAAAUUCACCAGGAAAGAGUUUUUUGAUGGCUGCAAAGCAAUAAGUGCUGACAGCAUUGAUGGGAUCUGUGCACGGUUCCCCAGCCUCUUAAUAGAAGCCAAACAAGAGGAGAAAUUCAAGGAUCUCUACCGGUUUACGUUUCAGUUUGGCCUGGAUUCUGAAGAGGGGCAGCGGUCGCUGCAUCGGGAAAUAGCCAUUGCCCUGUGGAAACUAGUCUUUACCCAGAACAAUCCUCCCGUAUUGGACCAAUGGUUACACUUCCUAACAGAGAACCCUUCGGGGAUCAAGGGCAUUUCCCGGGAUACUUGGAACAUGUUCCUUAACUUCACUCAGGUGAUUGGUCCUGACCUCAGCAACUACAGUGAAGAUGAGGCCUGGCCAAGUCUCUUUGACACCUUUGUGGAGUGGGAAACGGAGCGUCGGAAAAGAGAAGAAGGAGAAGGGAGCAGCCUGCUCAGCUCAGGGCCCGAGGGCUUGUGCCCGGAGGAGCAGACUUAG